GAAAGGGUAGUCAGUAAAGUCAUUGACAUGUUUUGCUCUUGCUGUUGGAUAUUUAAAAUGUCGGAAUAGAGUAUAUGAUAUUGUCUUAAACACCUGGUGCAAGUUUGUGUCUGUUUCAUUUUUGUUGGACGCAGCGCGGUGCUAAAAUUAUUUCUUUUACACGUACUAUUGAUGAAAGUAUUAUUAAUUCUAUAAAUUUUACUGUUACUGUAAGUUUAGUUAAAUUUACACAUACCACGCUACUCGUGCUGAAGUCUGUAACGACCCGGAAGUGAUUGAAUCCACGUGGACAUGUUCACACUACUUCCAAAACUUCUUCACCACAUAAAAACUCCCUCUCGAUUCAUCAGGACCUCUUGUUCACAGAGGUCUUUACCUAUUUUAACUCUCUUCACAAAGGAUCCAUGUCCCUUGUGUGAUGAAGCAAAAGAAGUGCUUGAACCAUAUAAACAUAGGUUUGUAUUGCAGGAGGUUGACAUUACUCUUCCUGAGAACAGUGUGUGGUUUGACAGAUACAAGUACGACAUCCCAGUGUUUCAUCUGAAUGGACAGUUUUUGAUGAUGCAUCGUGUGAACACAGAAGUCCUGGAAAUGCGGCUGGCCAAAUCAGAGAAAGAAUCAGUUUAAUUAUUCUCAAAUGUUGCAUAAACCUGUAAUAUUCUGUAACGUUUUUGGUGAGAAGUAACUCUAUUGCCUCAGUUUUUGUGCUUGGUUGGUAUUUUGUUGGGUUUUUUGUAAUUAAAUAUAUCAUUAUUGUUAAAUAUAUAUGGAAAAUAAAA